AUGGAAGCUAAGUCAUAUUACUUUCAAUCUCCACAUAAUAAUAGUACAUUCCAGACCAUUAGAAUGAAUUCUAAGAGUGAUAUUCGUGUCCCUAAACCUCCUAAACCUCCUGAAAAACCAUUAAUGCCGUACAUGCGCUACAGCCGAAAAGUUUGGGAACAAGUUAAAAACUCGAAUCCACAUCUCAAGUUGUGGGAGGUUGGGAAAAUUAUUGGGCAAAUGUGGCGUGAGCUUCCUGAUGAUGAAAAAAUACUAUAUGUCGAAGAGUACGAUGCCGAGAAAACCCAAUACACGGAAUUACUACGGCAGUACCAUAGUUCGCCAGCAUAUCAGGCUUGGUUGGUAGCGAAGGAAAGAGCUGAGAAAAGCAUGGAAGAACAAGACCAAGGGCGCAGGCAAUCAAUUUUAAGGUCGAGAGAUCGUGGGAAUGAACUUCCUCAGGGUGAUUUGAGGGAGUCAUAUAUACUGGAAGAUAACGAAGAAGAUACUGAAGACCAAUUCACUGCGAAGCAUGUAGCAGCCGCUCGUUUCCAGAGAAACCAUCGUCUCAUGCAAGAAGUUUUAAGUGAUACGAGACUCCCUGAUCCUGGUCAACUAAUCACCCAAAGCCGUCUUAACACGCUGCGUCUGCAAGUAGAGCAACUGAAAAACCACAAGCGCAAUUUAUGUCAAGAGAUUGAAGGGUGCGAAGCAAGACAUCAAGCCAAAGUGCAGCGCAUUCGUGAAGAAUCUGAACGUUUUCGAUUAGACUAUCAAAAAAUAACGACAGCAAGACCAGUUAUCACUGAGUCUCAGUUUGCCGAUAUGAUAAUUAAAGCGAAGUACGAUAUGCAGCGUGAAGAAGAGGAGCGUAAGACUCGUUAUUUGGCGGAAUUAGAAAUCAGACGCAAGCGUCAACAGCAGCGGCAGCAGAGAGAAGCGGAGCUACUGGAAUCUGAACGCAGACGUCAAUUACUACAUCAACAACAGUUGCAGCAAGUUCAUAUGAGACCAAAUCAGGCAGCCCCACCGCACAAUGACCCGAAUAUUCAAUUUAGUGACCGCUCAUUAGAAAGACUGAUAGCACAGGACAAAAGAGAAGAUACGAGUUCACAACCCCCACAAAAGUUGCCUUCUGCUUCAGCCAAUUUAUUGUGUCCUGUAAAUCAUCCGAAAGCAGCUUCAGAAAUUGGACAUGAAAUCAACCCAGGUUUGUAUGCUGGAAUCGGUAAUACAUUCACACAACCAGUUACUCAAAGUUCAUCGCAAAGGUUUCCUCAGUCCGGUCAUACCCAGCACCACUAUCCACCCCCAUUACAUUAUGUGCCCAACGCCGCGACACCGGCAAAUCCACCCGUUUUAAUUCAUCAGCGUAGUCCGGUCCCAAAUAUACAACAAGCAGCACAAAAUAACACAGGUAAACCAAAUACAGUAUCUUUAGGCCGUACCAAAAAAGUUCCUUCAUCUGCAUCUUCUACUUCAUCGGCCUCUUCUGCUUCGUCAACGUCGUCAAAAAAGAAAAAGGUUGAUUCUGACCUUGUUAAAGAUGCUGCUGUAACCACAACUAGUCAGGAUAUGCGAGAACGACCUAUCUCUCGGUCUGGCGAAGGAGUAGUCGAUCAGACUAAACCUGGUGACUUUGAUAUGACUCCUGGACAGUCCAACGAAUUUCAGCAAGGGUCCACAACCCAAUCAAGGCAGCUCAUUACUUCUCAAUAUCAACAAACCCCAGCUCCUGCUAACCCCGUUGUUCCAGCGCAAAUUUCGGGGGGUCCGGUGCAGACACCCUACUGCUACGAAGUUGGCAUUGGGAAUCCGCCGAACCCCACUUUGUCUGCUGGCAGUUAUUAUCAUCAACCUGUCUCCGUUUCUAAUCCUGUGGGCUACUCUCAUCCUCGCCCUCAGUUUUCACAACACACUCCCUACAAUUCCGUACAGUAUCAUCCAGUUCCACCACAACCAUCUGCGGAGCAUCCACCUCCCCCACCAAUGUAUAUUCAGCACAUGCCACAACAGUCUCAUGUUCCUCAGCUCGUCCCACCGAUGGUAGGUCCCACUCAACAUACUUCAAGUCAUAUUCCACCCCAGCAACAUAACUCAAAUAACUGGCAUCAUGGUGGCCCACCACCGUAUUCACCACAUUAUGGUCCUCCCCGUUACCCAGUCUUAGGUGGCUCAGUGGGAUACCCAAUGCAGACUCCAAGAAAUUUCGGUCCAAAUUCCAGCGGUUAUUCAAUGCCUCACUAUCUUGUUGGUCAACACGGCCCUCAAACUCAUCCACACCAAAAUAUUUCAUCAGUACCUGUUUCUAUCCAAGACAGUCCUGCUGCUUCUCAGCCAAUUCCGGCACCACCACCGUAUCAACAACAGCAACAUCCAAAUUCUGUCGUCAGUUAUUGGCCUACACAACAACAAGUACCUCCAGACUAUGUUCAGAGUCAACAUCCAUCUCACUACAUGCCUGGGUCUCAGACUGAGCCAGUCGUUCCAAAUCAGCAAACUCUGUCAUCUGUUGAUAACGUCCAUCCGUGCUCUACUAUGUCGGUGUCCUCUGCAGACGUUGGUAUGGGUCAGAUGGUAUCUAACCAGUCUCAAGGAGCCAAUAUUUAUUACCAAGGUUGUCCUGUACCACCAUAUACCCAUGGUAGUAAUGUGGGGCCGAGUGGUUUUUAUUCUGUACCAGCACAACAUUACACGCCUCAUCAACACAGUAGUCAUUCUUGGUCAGGUUAUUCUAAUUCUGGUCCUUCCCAAGUUCCAGCCUAUCCACAAUCACAGCAACAUACACACCACCAGUCGCCUCAAUGUAGUACGGGUGCUUCUUAUCCUAUUCCCCAAAUAUCAACAAAGCCGGAUCAAACUGUGGCAAAUGUUCCUUCGGAUAAUUCAACUAGCGUUGGUGCCUCUGGAGGUUCUAAUAGUCGACCACCAUCUACAAAUGACAAAUAA